CCCAGCUGGGUGGUUCCCUCGCGCUAGACUUAUGCAUGUUUUCCCUUCUGCAUUUCAGAGAAGAUGGCGUCGCAGAGAGGAGUCCCUAUAAGUAAGCUAUGUCCAAUGUUCCUCCACACAAACUCCACCAGCCACACCUGGCCCUUCAGCGCCAUCGCUGAACUAAUAGACAAUGCCUAUGAUCCUGAUGUUAACGCCAAGCAGUUCUGGAUUGAUAAGACCCAGAUCAAAAAGCAAGACUGCCUCAUCUUCAUGGACAAUGGAAAUGGAUUGGACUAUGAAAAGAUGCACAAGAUGCUCAGCUUCGGUUACAGUGAUAAGAGAGUCAUAAAUGGCAAGCACCCGAUUGGUCUCUAUGGUAACGGCUUCAAGUCCGGGUCCAUGCGUCUGGGGAAAGAUGCCAUUGUGUUCUCGAAGUCGCAAGAUGGAGACACCAUGCAAGUAGGCAUGCUCUCCCAGAGCUACCUGGCACAGAUCAAAGCAGACGAGAUCAUUGUGCCCAUCAUCUCCUUCCAAUGUGUCCCACACAGCCAGUAUAAGUUCAAUGUGAAUGAGAAGCACAAGGCUAGUCUGCAGGACAUCCUGCACUACUCUAUCUUUAAUACGGAGAACGAGCUGCUCGAAGAGCUCAAAGCCAUCAGCUCCACAGGCUCCUCGGGAACACGUAUUAUCGUCUGGAACCUGCGCAGGACGAUAACACGACCGACAGAAUUUGAUUUCACGACAUUCAGCGACGACAUCAAAAUCCCAUUAGAUGUCCCAUUGGAUGGGUUGGAGAGCACCAGUGAGCAAUACAGAGCAAUACAGUCAGAGCUGCUCACAAAACCAGAGAGUUACUACUCGCUACGUGCAUACUGCAGUAUUCUGUACCUGAAGCCCCGCAUGCAGAUCAUAAUUCGCGGUCAGAAAGUGAAGACUGAGCUCAUCUCCAAGAGCCUGGCUUGCAUUGCUAAGGACCAUUACAAGCCCAACUUUGUGAACAGACGCAUCCCUGUGACCUUUGGGUACAACACCAAGUGCAAGGACCAGUACGGCAUCAUGAUGUACCACAAAAACCGCCUUAUCAAAGCCUAUGAGCGAGUGGGCGUUCAACUCAAGGCCAACAACCAAGGUCUCGGGGUUAUUGGGGUCAUCGAGUGUAACUUUCUGGAGCCCACCCACAACAAGCAGGAUUUUGACAAUACUGACAAAUACAGGAAAACCAUCAACAACUUGGGGUUAAAGCUGGAGGACUACUGGAAAGAGAUACGCUUUAAGAGAAACAAAGAAGAUCCUAGCAGCACCACACCAGUGGAAGACACCAUGAAACGUCCAGACCAGAACUGGGUGCAGUGUGACACCUGCCUGCGCUGGAGGAAGCUGCCAGAUGGAAUUGAUUGCAAACGGCUCCCAAAGGAGUGGUUCUGCCACAUGAACCCUGACCCCCAGUUCAGGAGCUGCACGGUAGAGGAAGAACCUGAAGACUCCGAUGAUGACCAACCUUCAUACCAGAAAACCUACAAGCAACAUGAAAGGAACACCAAAAUGAAGCAGGAUAAGAAACGACAACAGAAUGAAGAUGAGCGGAGGAAGGCAGAGCAGAUGCAGAUUAAGGCUCUGGCUCAGAAGAACAAGACUCUGAAGCACCAGAGGAUCUCUUGCCUCGCCAAAGCAUCCCCUUCAACCCCUCCGGCCCCUUCAACCCCUCCAGCCCCUUCAACCCCUCCAGCCCCGUCAACCUCUCCGGCCCCGUCAACCCCUCCGGCCCCGUCAACCCCUCCGGCCCCGUCAACCUCUCCGGCCCCGUCAACCCCUUCAAACCCAAGAAUGAAGAGAACGCUGGCCAUGACCCCUGAAAGUGAGACAAAAAAACCCAGGUUGAAUGGUUUCCACAACAACACCCCCAUGGAGACUGUAUCACCGGCUGCUGAAACAACCAUGUCAUCCACGUCAGUCAUCAUCCCUGUUGACGAUGAUGACGAUAACAUCAUGGAUGACGAUGACAUUAUGAUCUUGGAGAUCAACAGCACCCCUAUUCAGAAGAAGGCAACCUUUGACCUUGCCAUGGUAAAAUCAGAGAGCAGGGCCAUGGAGACACCUUCUGGCACUGGCAAUGUUAAAACUAGCUGCACAGGAACAAGCUCUGUGGAGACGGGAACUGCAGCGACCAGCUACUUCCCUCCACCACCUUCUUCAGAGCAGGUGAGCAUCACCACCCAGACAGAGAUCAGGAGCAAAGUGAAGGAUGAAGAUGAGGAGCACAAGAGGAAAAGGGAGAAGGAGGAAAAAGUUAGGGACAGAACCGAACCAGGCCCUUCCACACCAAACCCAACCUCUGCUGGCCCAUCCACACCAGGCCCAUCCUCUUCUGGUUCAUCCGCCCCAGACCCAUCAGACCAUCCUAUGAUUGACUUCCGUAACCUGUCAGAGGCCCAGGAGCAGCAGGACCAGCUGCUGGAGCUCAUGCAGGCUGCAGCCCACGAGAGGGACCAGUUCAAGGAGCAAGUCAACAAGUUGACCUCCCAGCUCCAUAACCUGGAGGGCAGCAUGCAGGAGCUCUCCCAGGCCACUGUGAAGAGAGAGCACUGCCACCAGGCCUGUCAGACUGGAGGAGGGGAAGAAGGAGAGCAGUCGGAGAGGAUUAAGGUUGAGCUUAUAGAGGAGGAGAGGGGCAACCUCUGGUCUCUUUGUGAGACACUGCAGCAGGACGUGGUGGAGCUGAGGAGGGAGAAACAAGAGUGGGGGAGAGAGAAACAGGAGAAAGAGAAACAGGAGAGAGAGAAACAGGAGAGCGAGGGAGCUCAGACAUCAGCUGACCAGGCAGAGAGACUGAGGGAGCUUCGGAGGAGCGUUGGUCGUCUCCUGGUCACGUUUGUCCCAGCGCUGGACCUCGAACAAGUAAACUAUGACUGUUCAGUCAUUGACGAAAUCCUCGACCAGGUUCUUACUGACGUGGAGUCCAUGGGGCCUGUGUAGGUGCCUGUGGGCGGGAUAUGGAUGGACGGGUUGUCAUCCAUCUUACUCUGUAAGGUGAGGCAAACUUGGGGAUAGUCACAGAUAAUUCCUGCCUACCUUUUUACACUUUUAAAAAUGGUUUUAUAGGUAUGUUUUUACAAACAAAAAAAGGAAAUGAACACAUAAUACCCCAUAAUGACAAAGUAACAACAGGUUUGUAGAAAUUUUUGCAAAUCUAUUAAAAAUAAAAAACUGAUACCUUAUUUACAUAAGUAUUCAGACCCUUUGCUAUGAGACUCAAAAUUAAGCUCAGGUGCAUCCUGUUUCCGUUGAUCAUCCUUGAGAUUGAUCAUCCUUGAUUAGAGUCCACCUGUAGUAUUUUAAAUUGAUUGGACAUGAUUUGGAAAGGCACACAACUUUGAAGGUCCCCAAGAACACAGUGGCCACCAUCAUUCUUAAAUGGAUGAAGUUUGGAACCACCAAAACUCUUCCUAGAGCUGUCUGCCCGUUCAAACUGAGCAAUCGGGGGAGAAGGGCCUUGGUCAGUGACGUGACCAAGAACCUGAUGGUCACUCUGGCAGAGCUCCAGAGUUCCUCUGUGGAGAUGGGAAACCUUCCAGAAGGACAACCAUCUCUGCAGCACUCCACCAAUCAGGCCUUUAUGGUAGAGUGACUGGAUGGAAGCCACUCCCAAGUAAAAGGCACAUGACAACCCGCUUGGAGUUUGCCAAAAGGCACUCCAAGGACUCUCAGACCAUGGUCUGAUGAAACCAAGAUUGAACUCUUUGGCCUGAAUGCCAAACGUCACGUCUGCAGGACACUUGGCACCAUCCCUACGGUGAAGUAUGGUGGUGGCAGCAACAUGUUGUGGGGAUGUUUUUCAGCGGCAGGGACUUGGAGACUAGUCAGGAUCGAGGCAAAGAUGAGCAGAACAAAGUACAGAGAGAUCCUUGAUGAAAACCUGCUCCAGAGCCCUCAGGAUCUCAGACUGGGGCGAAGGUUCACCUUCCAACAGGACAAUGACCCUAGGCACAAAGCCAAGACAAUGCAGGAGUGGCUUCGGGACAAGUCUCUGAAUAUCCUUGAGUGGCCCAGCCAGAGCCCGGACUUGAACACGAUCAAACAUCUCGAAAGAGACCUGAAAAUAGCUGUGCAGCGAUGCUCCACAUUCAACCUGACAGAGUUUGAGAGGCUGUAAUUGCUGUCAACAAAAUACUGAGUAAAGGGUCUGAAUACUUGUGUAAAUGUGAUAUUUCCUUCUUUUUUUUUCAUAUAAAUUUGUACACAUUUCUAAAAACCUGUUUUUGCUUAGUCAUUAUGGGGUAUUGUGUGUAGGUUGAUGUGGGGGGGGACUAUUUAAUCAAUUAUAGGAUAAGGCUGUAACAUAAGAAAAUGAGGAAAAAGUCAAGGGGUCUGAAUACUUUCCGAAUGCACUGAGUAUACAAAACAUCAAGAACACCUGCUCUUUCCAUUACAUAGACUGUCCAGGCGAAUCUAGGUGUAAGGUAUGAUCCCUUAUUGAUUUCAGUUGUUAAAUCCACUUUGUUUAUUGUAGAUGAAGGGGAGAAGACAAGUUAAAGAAGGAUUUUUAGCCUUGAGACAAUUGAGAUAUAGAUUGUGUAUGUGUGCCAUUCAGAGAGGGGGUAGGGGUGUUCCUAUUAGGAAGGUAUUCCUAAUGUUUUGUAUACUUUUUAAAAACUUUUAUUUUGUUCCAUGACCAUGGUGGUGUUGUGGAAAUUCUUGCACAGGGACACUCCAGGUCAAUCUGGUAGCUGGUUGAGAGAAUGCCUAGAGCGUGCAAAGCUGUCAUCAAGGCAAAGGGUGGCUAUUAGAAGAAUCUCAAAUAUAAAAUAUAUUUUGAUUUGUUUAACACUUUUUUGGUUACAACAUGAUUCCAUAUGUGUUAUUUCAUAGUUUUGAUGUCUUCACUAUAAUUCUACAAUGUAGAAAAAAGUAAAAAAUUAAGAAAAACCCUUGAAUGAGUAGGUGUUCUAAAACUUUUGACCGGUAGUGUACAUCAAACUCCACUGAUAAGACAUGUUAUCAUCAUAUAAUCAAAAUGAGUCAUGUUACCCUCAGAGGUGUUAUCCUUGUUACUAAUCGAGACAUGUAAUGUAAACAUGUUUUCCUUGUUACUAAUCGAGACAUCCCCUGAGACAUGAUGUCUCUUAAGAGAUUUCUGACACAUGUUAUCCUCUACUGUAGAUAACGUUAUAGAUCAGCUCACACAGAACUGGCAAACUCAGCUCACAUUCACUCCAUAUUCACACUUACUUAGUCCCCUGACAGCUCUUAUUCACUAAAUACUUAAUAGCUCAAUUUCAAUCCUCUUAUUGUCCAAAUUUCAAUCGGCUUAUUAUCCAGAUGUCAAUCUAUUUCUUAUCCACAUUUCUAUCGGCUUGAUAUCAAAUGUAAAAUUUAUUUUCCAAAUUUCAGUUUAAUAUGUAAUUUCUCACAAUCACACAACUUUCACAUUCACCUAGUACUAUUACCCAUGUGCAUCUUCAACGAUUCUCUUGUCAUUACUUGCUAUACACCUUAUGUAUCGUCAACGGUUCUCUUGCCACUACUUGCUAUACAUAUAAAUAACACCCCAUAUUCAAAAAUGCCUUGUGUUAUUUUGUAGUGGCUGCAGACUACAUAGACAUUUCUUCUAAAUGCCUAGAGUCAGCAAUCAGUGGGGCUUUCCAUGGUACCGUUACGCCCUCGUCCUAGUUCUCAUAAGACUAGUAAAUAGCCUCCUCUCUAUAAGACUGGGUACCUUUUUUUUGUGUUACUCGCCCUGAUUUUAUUCGAUAUCAUUUAUUUUUAUACAGAUUUAUUUAAAUUGACUUACCAGUUGCCGUCCCUCAAUUGUUUGUGAAUGAUGUGUCUCCUCCUGGGCAGCUCACAGCCAAAUUCAAAUUAAAUUACUAAAAAUAUUUAAUUUUCAUGAAAUCACAAGUGCAAUAUAGCAAAACACAGCAUAGCUUGUUGUUAAUCCACCUGGCGUGUCAGAUUUCAAUAAAGCUUUUCGGCGAAAGCAUACCAAGCAUUUAUGUAAGAACAUCUCUCUCAGUACACAAAAUAUUACAAACAGCUAGCAGCCAAGUAGAUUGGUCACGAAAGUCAGAAGAGCAAUAAAUUAAAUCACUUACCUUGGAUGAUCUUCAGAUGUUUGCACUCACGAGAAUCCCAGUUACACAAUAAAUGUUCCUUUUGUUCCAUAAAGAUUAUUUUUAUAUCCAUUUGUUUGGCGCGUUAUGUUCAGAAAUCCACAGGGUCGAGGGGUCCCGACAUCGCAGAUGAAAAUUCCAAAUAGUAUCCAUAACGUGCGUAGAAAGAUGUCAAAUGUUUUUUAUAAUCAAUCCUCAGGUUGUUUUUACAAUAUAUAAUCGAUAAUAUGUCAACCGGAAUGUAGCUUCUUCCAUAGGAGAAUAGAGCGAAAAUGGCUGUUGCGCAUGAAAAACUGUGCUGGCAACCAGCCAUCCACUGACGUGAGGGGUUCUUUCUCGCUCAUUUUUCAAAAUAAAAGCCUGAAACUAUGUCUAAAGACUGUUCACACCUUGAGGAAACCAUAGGAAAAGGAUUCUGGUUGAUAUCCCUUUAAAUGGAGGCAAGGCAUCCAAUGGAACAGAGAGCUUUCAGGAAAAACAGCACUUCCUUGUUGGAUUUUCCUCAGGUUUUCGCCUGCAAUAUCAGUUCUGUUAUACUCACAGACAAUAUUUGGACAGUUUUGGAAACUUUAGAGUUUUCUAUCCUAAUCUGACAAUUAUAUGCAUAUUCUAGUUUCUGGGCCUGAGAAAUAGACAGUUUCAAAUGGGUGUUUUUUUAGCCAAAAAUGAAAAUAUAACUCAAGAAGUUAUGGGUGGAAUGUUAUUAUAAGUGUAAUAUUGGGAUGCAAACUCAAAAUAAAAUACAUUUAAACUCUGA